AGAAGCAAACUUUGUCAUUCCCUCGACACCGUGCCACGGUGGAAGAAGGUGUGCGACACACGAGUCAAGGUAGUCAUCGUCGUCGUCUUCGUCGUCGUCGUUCUCCUCCUAAGGAGCGGAAUCGGCCAAACCAGGCGAAGAUCGUCGUCACGGUAGCUCGCGUGAUACCCGGCACCGGGUCCGUCUCCGUCUCACCUUCUCAAGGAUACGCGGACCGAGGGAACGCGAAACGAACAGCCGCGGGAACGGUCGAGGUUUUAUUGUUUCGACGGGACACACAGCUGCCGGUUCGCCGACAUGUCUAAGAUCGCGUUAGCGGUAUUCGUGGUGGCCCUCAGCCUGGUGCGCUCAGAGCCCCCGGUGAACUCGUACUUGCCGCCUGGGGGCGGCGGUCCCGGCGGUGGUAGCGGCGGAGGGGGCGGCGGAGGGCCUUCGAGCAGUUACGGAGCACCUGGCGGUGGCAACGGCGGCGCCCCGUCGAGCAGUUACGGAGCUCCUGGCGGCGGAAACGGCGGCGCCCCGUCGAGCAGUUACGGAGCUCCUGGCGGAGGCAACGGCGGAGCCCCGUCGAGCAGUUACGGAGCUCCUGGCGGCGGAAACGGCGGAGCUCCGUCGAGCAGUUACGGGGCGCCAAAUGGCGGUAACGGGGGAGGCGGCGGAAGCCCUUCGAGCAGCUACGGAGCGCCAGGUUUCGACGGGCAAAGCGGCGGUGGCAACGGUCUGUCGAGCACUUACGGAGCGCCUGCCGGUGGCAGGAACGGUGGUGGUGGCGGCGGAAGGAACGGGGGUGGCGGCAGAGGAAACGGCUUCGGGGGCGGCGGACAGCCGUCCAGCUCCUACGGGGCGCCGUUCGGCGGAAACGGCGGGUCGGGCAACGGCAGGCCGUCGAGCAGUUACGGAGCACCUGGUGGAGGAAACGGGUUCGGCGGUGGAAACGGCGGAGCGGGCAACGGCAGGCCGUCGAGCAGCUACGGGGCUCCGGAAGGUGGCAACGGUUUCGGCGGCGGCAACGGAGGCGGUUCUCCGUCCGGUCUUUACGGACCACCCGGAAGGAACGGUGGAGGAAACGGCGGCAACGGUGGUCGGCCGUCGAGCAGCUACGGGGCGCCGGAUGCCAACAAUGGGAGACCGUCGGGACUUUACGGGCCACCCGGCAGAAACGGAAACAACGGCGGUGGAAACGGUGGUCAUAACGGAGGCGGCAGAGGAAACGGCGGAUACCCGUCCGGCGGACCCAACGGCGGCGGAAGCGGUGGAUACCCAUCGGGAGGACCCGGUGGUAACGGAAACGGCGGCUAUCCGUCCGGAAGACCCGGCGGAAAUGGGAACGGCAACGGCGGUUAUCCCUCUGGCGGACCCGGUGGCAACGGAAACGGUGGCUAUCCUUCCGGUGGACCCGGCGGGAACGAUGGUUACUCCAACGGAGGACCCGGCGGAAACGGCGGCGGUUAUGGAAGCAACGGAGACGAGGAGAGUAACGAGCCGGCAAAGUACGAAUUCUCUUAUGAGGUGAAGGACGAGCAGUCCGGCGCUGAUUACGGACACACGGAGACCCGAGACGGCGAUCGUGCCCAAGGAGAAUUCAACGUUCUGCUUCCUGACGGAAGGAAGCAGAUCAUUGAAUACGAGGCCGAUCAAGAUGGAUUUAAACCACAGAUUAGAUACGAGGGUGAAGCGAACAACGGUGGAUACGGCUCCGGUGGGCCCGGUGGCAACGGUGGCGGUGACUUCGGCGACAAUGGCUAUCCAAGCGGCGGUCCAAACGGAAACGGCGGCAAUGGUAACGGUUAUCCGUCAGGAGGACCUGGUGGCAACGGCGGUGGAUCUGAUCACGGCAACGGAGGAUAUCCGUCUGGAGGACCGGGCGGCAACGGCAAUGGCGGCUACAGAAACGGAAACGGCGGCAACGGUAAUGGUGGAUAUCCGUCAGGAAGUGGUGGCGAUGCCGCUGCCAACGGAGGAUACCAAUAUUAAAUAUUUAAUUAGGCGUAGUGAUAUAUAUAUGUAUGUAUAUUCGUGCGUAUACGUGCAUAUAUGUGUAUCGCGUGUAUUACGAAAAGGGAAUGCAUAGGGCAACAUUCUUCAUAAUGCAUAGAAUAAUCAUCGUCUGAAACAGAAGAAACGUGGCUGCCAAUAAUAAUGAUCGCAGGUAGUAUUUUAACAACUAUGAUGGGAUGAGAACGAUCGUUCGCUUAAACGUGAACCAAGGAUAAACAUUUAAGUGGCAACGGUUUGCUCGUUUCAGACGUGAUCUUCAUAACUAUAUAGUACUAUUAUAGCAUAAAUGGAAAAUUUAUUUAUACGAUACACAUGAACACCUCACAGUCGAUGUUUAGGAACGAACGAUACUGUUGGACAUUAUGAUUGCAUACAAUCACGGUGGCAUGUGUACUAUAUGUGUACGUUUCGCAGUAACACCGACGGCAUCGUUCGAAUCACUUAGCGAUUGCAGCGUUACUUGACUGUCUCACUAACGCGUUCUUUCAAUAUGUAUAAAAAGAAUCUCAUACAUACACCUAUUGGUUACUUUCACGUAUGUUCGUUAUUCAAUUGCGUAAGUACCAUUACUGUAUGCAUUGAACAAAAUUGCAUUUUUCUUCUUCUUCUUUUUUUUUUGCAUCUUUGAUAUGUCUACCAGUUCACAACCAUGAUCAAAUAUUUCGCUAAUUUUUAACGUUUGUUAAGAUAUUGUAUUUAUUUACUAUUUAUCCGUACUAUGUAUAUUUCGAUGAUGUUUAAAAUGUAGCUGUAGAAACGAACGUCCGCAUAAAUAAAUACUGCGGUAGGCCAUAA